GGCGCGGAACCGCGGAGCGCGCGAAGCGUGAUGCGCGAAGCGUGACGCGGACGCAGCGAAGGUCGCAGACGCAGCGAAGGUCGCAGAGUGAAGGAGUUCCGGCAGCUUUCUGAGCUGACUCUCGGAAACGUACCCAACUCGGCCUUUGGUGGGCAGACACUGAUUGGUAGCCCAGAGGAGUGGUAGAGCUGUUGCCCUAGUAACUCUGCUACUAAAUGUAGUCAAAGCAUUGACUUGCUUCCUUCAGCAACCCAGAGCUGAGCUCCCGCAGGUUCCAGACCCUGAGCUUGGCACAGUGGGGAAUCUCUCAAGAUUUAAAGUAGCAUGGAUCUGCCCGUGGAUGAGUGGAAAUCAUACGUACUUCAGAAGUGGUCUUUGCUCCCCAAGUCCAUUCAGGUUACAAUUUCUACAGCAGAGACUUUAAGAGAUAUCUUUCUUCACUCAUCUUCGCUUCUUCAACCAGAGGAUGAGAUGUUUUUAAAAAGGCUUUCUAGAGGUUACCUUGUUGGAAAGGACCCCAACGCUCCCCUUUUCUACAGAGAAGAAGGAAACAAAAAAUUUCAGAAGAAGGAUUAUAUGGGAGCCACAGUGCUGUACUCUAAGGGAGUAUCGCAUUCAAGGCCCAACUCUGAGGACAUUUCACUGUGUUACGCCAAUCGCUCUGCAGCCCUCUUCCACCUGGGCCAGUAUGAGACAUGCCUUAAAGACAUCGUCAGAGCACAGACGCAUGGAUAUCCGGAAAGACUGCAACCCAAGUUGCUGUUGCGUAAGGCGGAGUGUCUGGUGACCCUGGGGAGACCACACGAGGCAAGCCAGACCAUCAGUGAUCUUGAAAGUAACUUUGCUGCCAAACCAACCCUAGCAGCUUCCCAAUUUCAGGUUCUGCAGAGAACCCUCUGUCGUCUGAAAGUAAAGGUACAGGAAAAGGAGAAUCUCACAGAAACCUCCCCAGCAGCUCUAACCAAAGCCUUUGAGGAUGUGGACCUAAGGGGAGAGAAUGAACAGAUUUCCAGCACAUCAUCGUCUGUCGGCUUAUGUACAGACCCUUUAAAGGGCCGCUGUCUGGUUGCCACAGAAGAUAUUCUCCCAGGAGAGCUUCUGGUGAAAGAGGAUGCUUUUGUGAGUGUACUUAACCCAGGAGAAGUGCCACCGUGGCAUCGUGGCCUCGAGAGCAAGUGGGAUACCAGAGCUACCAAUAGGGACCUCUACUGUCACCGAUGUUUGAAGCACACUUUGGCCCCAGUUCCCUGUGAUGGAUGCAGCUAUGCCAAGUAUUGCAGCCAAGAGUGUUUGCAGCAGGCCUGGGAUCUCUACCAUAGUAUAGAGUGUUCUUUAGGGGGGCUGCUUCUCACACUGGGUGUUUUUUGCCACAUUGCCCUGAGGUCGACUCUUUUAGCUAGAUUUGAGGAAGCUGGCAAAGUCAUAGAUAAGCUUUGUGGUGAGAUUACUAACAGGGGUACCUGUUUACCUGAAAGCAAGAAUCUGGCGCAAAUACUCAGCUAUGACCUGGGAGGGGAGAGUAAAAACAAGGGCAAAACAGUUGAGACCCCGAUUCCUGGGUGUGAUAUUAAUGGGAAGUAUGAAAAUAAUUAUAAUGCUGUCUUCAGCCUUUUACCCCAUACCGGAAACCAUAGCCCUGUACACAAAUUCCUCUGUGCUCUGAGUGUUUCUGCACUGUGCAGGCAGCUCGAAGCAGCCAGUCUACAGGUCUUCACAACAGGUCUGAAAUCGUCUAAGCUGAAAGCAGCGGCGGCUCCUGUGUUGUAUCCAGAGUUGAAUAUUUGGGGAGUGGCCAUGCUGAGACACAUGUUACAGCUACAGUGUAAUGCUCAGGCAAUAACAACCAUACAGCAAACAGGAUCUGAAAAGAACCUCAUUACGAACAGCAGGCAGGUGCGCCUUGCCACGGGGCUGUUCCCCGUCGUCAGCCUCCUGAACCAUUCCUGCAGCCCCAAUACCAGCGUGUCUUUCAUUAGCACCGUCGCCACCGUUCGGGCAUCUCAGCAGAUUAAAAAAGGACAAGAGAUUCUCCACUGCUAUGGGCCCCACGAGAGCAGGAUGGGUGUUGCCGAGAGGCGCCAGAAGCUGAGGUCUCAGUAUUUCUUUGACUGCAACUGUCCCCCUUGUGAACGUGAGAAGCAGAGACCCUCGCAGGGGCCCGGGAGGGAAGCCUUCUGUUGUCACCGUUGCAGAGCACUCCUGCAGGGAGAUGAUGUUCUGAGCUGUGGCAGCACAUCUUGUACGGAAUCAGUCAGCAGAGAUCACCUAGUCUCUCAGCUACAGGACCUUCAGCGGCAGGUGGGGAUGGCCCGGAAGCUUCUCAGAAAUGGCGAACUAGAGCGAGCCAUUCAGCUGUUGUUGGGAUGCCGGCAUGCUGCUGAGAGCUUCCUGUUGGCGGAACACAGCAUGGUGGGAGAAAUCGAGGAUGACCUGGCCCAGGCCUAUGCUGCCUUAGGGGACUGGGAGAAGUCAGCCGCCCAUCUACAGAAGAGUCUCCGAGUGGUUGAGGUUCGCCACGGGCCAACCAGUGUUGAGAUGGGCCAUGAACUCUUCAAACUGGCCCAAAUCUUCUUCAAUGGGUUUGCAAUACCCGAAGCUCUGAACACAAUACAACAGGCAGAAAAGGUUCUGCUGGUGCACUAUGGCCCUUGGAAUGACGAGAUCCAGGAGCUACAAAAGAUGAAAUCCUGUUUGUUGGACUUGCCGCCCAUCCCUGUGGGACCCGACGAAUAGGGUCCCAAGGGGACCUUGACCAACAGGAAAGGAGCCCGUGUGGGAGGAGUUAAAGAGGGUCUGUUGCUGCUGAGCUGUCGCCAAACAAUACAGGACUUGCCCGACAGUCACAAGCCUAGUGUAUGAGGGGAGGGGAGGGCUUAGAAAGCUUUGCAGUUAGAGACGUGCUCACCUAUGUUGUUUUUUUUUUUCUACAUCUUUAUUGGAGUAUAAUUGCUUUACAGUGGUGUGUUAGUUUCUGCUUUAUAACAAAAUGAAUCAGCUAUACAUAUACAUAUGUUCCCAUAUCUCUUCCCUCUUGCGUCUCCCUCCCUCCCACCCUCCCUAUUGCUCACCUAUUUUGAUGAAUGUUUCUUGAAGUAGUUAACUGCUCUGCAACAAAAACUCCUGGUUCCCAGAAAAAAACUUAAAACUGGUAUCUGGAGAACCUAAGCCCUUUAAAAGGAUUUUAGCUGAUCUGCAGGCAUCUGGAUGUUAGCCUGGGGUUUUGGCUAGACGCCACCUCACUAAAUGAUGAUAGUCUGUUUCCCUGGAACAUUCCUUUGGUUUCUAGUAGUAAUGAGACGUUGUGUACCACUCCAGUGGGAACUUAAACUCUUAAUAGUCGUAUUGUAAUUGAAAAAUAAUUAUAAGCAAGAAAUUAGUGAGGCUCCUUACCUCUGGAGGUAUAGUUUCAUUUAUGGUACCUAGCUUCCUUGAAUCCUUUGUUAAAACCAGUGGAGUAUCAAUUGUGAAUAGAGAAAUAAAUAUGGGGCCAUUUUAUUGUUGGGGAAUUUCUUCCUAGGAUGGCAACUCUAAAUUUGUUUUCUACCA